AUGCCGCUGCGUCCCUUUCUCCUCUGUAGCCUGCGCCCAGCGUCAAUUCCUCCCAUCUGCGGCGCCAGACCUCUCCGGUGUCGGACAACAGCUCUUACUAGGCAUGGACUGCAAGCUCAGCAGCGAAGAGGGCGGCAUGAUGAGGUUGCGCAUAAGAAUCAUUAUGAGCGGCUGAACAUACGGCAUGAUGCUACACCAGCCGAGAUCAAAAAAUCUUUCUACUCACUCUCAAAAACCCACCAUCCCGACGCAAAUCGAUCGGACCCAAACGCAGCCUCCACCUUCUCCCUCAUUUCCGAGUCCUAUACUGUUCUCUCCGACAAGAAUCGCCGCGCAACCUACGACCGAGAUGUCCUCCGUCUACAUCACCACCCGCCGCAAACUCACGCCCAUCGCGGCUCUUAUCACUCCCACCAACCCGGUGGGCGCGCGCCUUCAGGCCUGAGUCGCAGAAGGGGCACCUUUCGCGGCCCGCCACCUAGUUUCUAUCGUAGCGGAGGGUGGGGGGAUCAAGCCGACAAACGCCAGAAAGCGCAUGAGGAAAGCACUGGUGGUGGUGGCGCAUCGUCGUAUGAGCGGAGCGCAUCGCAUAACUCUCAGCAGAACCCAUGGGGAAAUCCUUUUAGUCAUGAGUCUUCUUCUCAUGGAGGCAUGGGACCAGGCGACGACCCCUUUGGACACCAUGACGAUGUUUCUCACUUCGACAGGGACGGGCAUACACGAACUCAUCGACGAGAGGACCAACGACGGAAGGACCGAAGACACAGACGUGCGGUGGGUGACGAUGAUAUCGAAUUCGAGCCGCAGACGACCAUCACAGGGCAUUUUAUUAUAAUAUCAGGCAUUCUGGCCACUACUCUAUUGGCACCCCUCAUAUAUAUUCAGUUCAUGAGCAUUGGGCAGCAGCCAAAAAAGGAGAAGGUCUAG